UUCAGUCUCUCGCUGGCCGUUGAAGUACAAAAUUCGUGAGUGUACGAAGGCGCGCAUUACAUUUUUCGUUGUGUUUGAUGUGAUUUGGCAUUUGUUUUUGUUGUUUUAUUUCAUUGAAACCCGACCAUCUAUCCAACACCGCCUCCCGCAUUGACCAACAACCCUAAUAGUAAAUGAAACAAGUAAAGAAUAAUAACAAAAUCUAACUAAAAUUGUUGUUGUGCAAAACAUUUAUGGUAAUGGCAGCAGUAAUAACAACAACAGCUACUGCCACCCGCAUGUGAUGGUAGAAUUAGGAGAAUAAAAAAUAAAAAAAACAGCAAUAACAGCCGCAGCAACAUCAUCAAGAAAAAAGAGAAAAUCUAAUCAUUUUAAUUUAACAACAAUUGACCCCCUUUGAAGGUCCAUUGAUGGCAAGGAGAGGAGUUGUUGGAGAGAACAAGUUAUUUUUAUAGAACAAAAAGCUAUAGUUGCGGGCUAUUACAACAAAAUUAUUUUAUUCAAAUAGAAUAAAUUUUAAAGAAAAUUUAAAAAAUACCACUUAGUGCAAAAGAAAAUCUUUCAGCUCUUAUCGCCCCCUUGAGAAACAAGCAAUUCAAGAGAGAGAGAGAGAGAGAGAGAGGAAGAGUAAACAAGGAGCAAAUAAAACAUGAUGAAAAAUUUGCAAACAUAAGAAAUAAAUCAAUUAAUUAAUUAAAUAUUGCAGAAAUACAUAAGAAAUCUUGGUGGAAAAGUAAAAAAGAAUUGUGCAAAGAAAAAUAAAUAAGAAAAUAAAAUAGAAAAUAAUUGUCAUUGUCAGCAACAUCAUUACAAAUUAUUUUGUAUUGAGAAAGAGAAAAAAUCGUUUAGUUUAAAGGGAAAAAAUCAUUAAAAUUUAUUAAUUGUUAAAAAAGUGAUUGUGUAAAACGUUUGUCCCGCCUCGUCUAUCGCGCGCUCUCUUUCUCCAUCUCCAUCUUAGCUCGCGACUCGUGUAAAAUAUUAAAUUGGCAUUUCACUAAUGAAUUUGCUAAAAGCAACAAUAACAACAGAAGCUAUUUGGUAUAAUACCGCAACGGAUCAUCUGUCCAUUCAUCAUAGGUUGACAAAGAAAUCACUCCGUCCAUCAACAACAAAAAUGAGCCGAAAUCAAAACCACUGAACGACGAACACUAGUGCGAAUCGAAUUCUUCAAUACCAAUUCUUCUAACUAACCCCACACACGUACGCUCGAAUCGAAUAAAGGAAAAUAUGCAAAAAUCUGUUUAAGCCAAACAGCAGCUGCCAAGCUACGUACCACCAGCAACAACCACAACAACAAUAAAUGCAAAUAAUACUGAUCACCACCACCAACAGCAACAACAAAAAGAACAUCUUGAAAACAUUCCUACAUUCCGCCGUUUACAAAUUCAUAGCUGUUACUUCUGAACUAACUUGACUGACUAUUUUAUCCCAGUUAGCGUUUUCAUUUGUCUCGUUUUUUUUGUUUUGGUUUUCGCUUGUUUUUUUCUGCCAACCAAAUUCUUCUCCCAUUUAUUGUUGUUGGCCAUCAUUACAAGUACAGAAAAGCAAAAAAAAAAAAACUUGUUUAUUUCCUCUUAGCUUAUUUAGACAAGUUUGGCGAGGGAAAAAACUGUUCUACAAGACUUUGCAAAAAAAAAAGGCAAAACCGUGGCACAAAGAAAACAAACUUCAACAUAAAAAAAAAAACGUAAGGCGGUAGAUAGAACAAAUAACAAGGGAGUGCCGUUUUUGUAGGGUCAGAACAGCAACAAAGAAACGAAGAAGACAAAUAUGACAACGUCACAAGCGGACAUAAACACAAAUUCAAACAGUUCGACGGCUGCCGCCGGCAUGGCCAACAAUAGUACCGGUGGCAUGAACUGUGUUGACAAUGCUGUUGUUGGUGGUAGUGGGGGUAACAGUGGUAACGGUGGCAGCAGCAGUGCCGGCGGCGGUGGUGGUGGUGCAGCAGUUACUGGUGGAACCACCAACCUAUCAUCGAUGAAUAUCAAUAGCAAUGGAUCGACCGUUGCCACCAACAGUGCUUCAGCCAUCAGUGAAAUGGGAAAACGAAAAAAAUUAAAAUCUCGCAAUAGCACGACAUUGCCAGCAUCGAUUUUGAAUAGCAGUAUUGGAAGUGGUGGUGGUGGUUAUUCUAAAGAUCACUUGGAUGCCUGGCUGGAGACAUGCUUGAAAGAUGCAUCAACCACCCAGCUAUCGUCAUCAUCGGAAUUUCUCGAUUAUAAUCCGACGGUAAAGACCAGCACAUCUAACUCUGCAAAUAAUUUAAAUCAGAAGAAUCUCCUCUCGCAGCAGCAGCAGCAGCAAUCGCCAAUUUUCAAUAUGGCCAAUAUGGGUCAGCAGCAACAACAACAACAGCAAGCAAUGAACUUACAGCAGCAGCAACAACAACAGCAGUUUGCCAUGCGUACAUCCAGUAAUCCCCUCAGCAAUAAUCUGCCAAAUACAAAUAAUUUUAAUUUCCCAUUCAGUCAGGGUUUCCAAAGGCCCAUGCCCAACUUUAUGAAACCCUCCUCGAUGAAUGCCUUCAACAAUCGCUAUUCCAUGAUGUUUCCAUCCAUGUCCACCGGAGGUUAUUAUCCACAAAAUGAUGGUUCUCAAGAUUUUGCCAGCCUACCGCCAAUGGUGAAUAUCAUGGGUGGCGGCAGUGGUGGUAAUUCAUCGGAACAUGAAAAUAAUUCUACAGAUGUUCUAGAUGGCAGUGCCAGUAACCCAAACAUAAGUAGAGGCUUCCGGUUCAGCGACCCAUGCUUGCUGAAUCCCUCAGAUAAUGAUUCGAAAGUGAGUGGCCAAAAUACACCAGAUCGUCGCGCUAACCUACCCAAUGACAUGGAUCAAAGUAAUAAAUUCUUUAAUGUCCUGAUGGAACAGAUACAACUGUUGCACGAAACGAAUAGCAAAAUAUGCCGUGACUUACAUGAGGCCAAAGUUUGUAUUGAAGUUUUAAAGCACGCUCCCAAUUUGGGUAUGAGGCACCGUAGAGAUAGCAUAAGUGGAUUAAGUACCCAUAGUCAGCCGAUGGUGUUUGGCAGUGGAUUUGGAACCCAAAGUCCAGCGCCAUCAUAUCAUUCAGGUGCCUACACUCCAGGCAUAAUGACUGAUGUGGUACGUGAGGUAAAGGAGGCGGCACGAGUCCGGGAAGAUGCCCUCUUAAAUCGAGUCAAAGCCUUGGUAGAGGAACGCCAAUGGUCAAUGAAUGAAUCCAAUUUACGUAUGAUGAGAGAUAUUGAAGAAUUGAAGUCACAAGUUCAUCACUUACGUUCCGAUCGCAAGGAAACCAACAAACGUCUCAAUCACUUGGAGGCUGAAAAUAAAUAUAUGCGCCAAAUGCUGGCCGCCCUCUAUCACAACCGCAAUUCCGUUCCCGAUAUUAUUUAUGAAAAUGAAACCUUACGUACCCGUAAAUCAUUUCCCCAUACACGACGUAGCCAUCAGCCAGCAUUAAAUUUACACUAUGGCACCGUACAUCAUCAGUCGUCACAGCAAGGUACUUCGUCAUUGGAUGAACAGGAGGAGGAACCCCUACAUAUUAUCGAGACACCAUCGACCACAUCAACCGCAGAUAUUGCAGCCCUUACAGGUCAAAGAUCAUCUGACAUGCGUCAUUCCUUUUCCAGUUCAGAUGGUGGUAGUAUUAAUGGUGGAGGUGGUAGUGGUGUUGGUGGCGGUGGUGUUACAACCACAACUUCGGGUAAACUAUCCGGUCCCAUAAUGUCUCCACCCAAUUUUGCUUUAAUUUCAUCGGCCAGUGAUGAUGUGAAACGUAAAAAAGACAAAAAUCCCAAGAAAUUGUCCUCGGAUGAGGGGGAUACCGGAGAUAUGUUGCCAGCCAUUACGAAUGUUACGACAAAUCAAGAUCUACGCCGAGAAUUAAAUGAAGCUGUUAUUGCCCGUAAAGAAGCUGAUGAUCGUAUUAUAGCACUUGAGAAAUUGGUUAAAACUCUACAAGUAAAUGCAACUCAUCCCCCAUCCUCCAUGGCUAAUAAUAACAGUAAUAAUAAUAAUAGCAAUACCACGAACACCACCACAACAACAACAACCAUAGAAAGUAAAACGCAAAAACCGCAAUUAGCUAAUGGUGAGGGUGGCAGUGUUCCUAAUAAAAGUAAAACUAAUAGUGGAGUAAUAGCAACCAGUGGUGGCGGUCAUCAUCAUAGUAAAACCCCUAAUAGACGUUCGACAACAACCAGUAGCGCUGCUGCAACAACAACUGCUGCUACACAUAAACCUAAAUGGUCCACAUCGACAUCAGCACAUCAUCCAAACCAUCAUCAUAGUAAUCAUCAUCAGAGUGCCACAACAGCUGCCCACAGUUCUCCGGUGAAAUUAAGUGUUGCUGGACCCAUUACCGAUUUAUAGUGCGAACAACCGGUAACACCACCGGUGCGUAAACCACCCAGACGAAAAAGGUCGGGCAUAAGAAUAUCACAUUUUUGAACAACAAAUACAAAAAGUUGCCAAAAAAAAAAAAACAUUUGAAUUUGUAGUAAAUUCACUUCAUAACCUUUAUUGUGUAAACGAAAGCAACGAAAAAAACCGAAUACACAGAUAACCUAAAAAAAGAAUAUUUAAAAAAAUAUUUUGAAUUUUGUGGUAUAUUUAAAAAUACAACUAAUAGAAUUAACAUUUCAAAAAUUAGAGUGUACUACAAAUUUUGUAUAUGUUUUUUAUUAUUUCCAUAUUAAUUUGUUUGUGUAAUUUAAAAAAAAAAGUUAUUUGUAAUGCGUAAAGUUCUUUCGUUAAACUAUUUGUCACUAAUUAAUAAGAAAGAACUGUGUAAAUAAUAAUAUAACGAACGUACAUGUAAAAUAAUGUCAUUGCCAAAAUAAACGUUUUUUUUUAGCACAAGAACGACUGAGGAUUCAGGUUUUAUAACUGGACUGAGGAAAGCCUAAAGGGAUAAGUACAUAGGAAGCUUGAAGUCAUGGCUAGGCAUAUUUUGUGACAUUUCACAAAGGGAUUACAGAGCCGCACUAAAAUCCAGUCGUCGUUUUCCAUUAUAAUUUAAAAUUAAUAUGCCUAGCCAUGACUUCAAGCUUCUUAUGUACUUAGCCCUUAACAUACUUAUUGUGAAAAUUAACUAUCAAUUGAAAUGUGUAUUGUUUUAUUUUUUUCUCAACAAAUCUUACUCAAGAUUGCAAAAUAGAAAAUUGAUAAAACCAAUGAAAAGAAAUAAUUUAGAGUAUGAGUUGUUUUUCAAAUGUACAUUUAUUUUGUUUAAUAUAAUUCAAAAUAAGUCGUUCUAGUUUCAAAUUCUAAAAUUACUAACUUGCGUGCCUACAAAACUACCACCAACUGUGGAUAAUUAAAUUAACAACAAGUUAGAAUGUAUCACCAUGUUUCAGUACCUCCGCUUGUUGCUUGUUUAUGGGAGAUGAAGUUUUAUCUAACUUCAAAAGAAACAUUGGCAUAUUGUAAUUUAGAGAAAUCAUGGACUUUUUUAAUUUGUCAAAGUUUUCCAACAAAUCAUCAUUUGAGAAGGAUGAUUUAAACUGUACUAAAUAAAAAAACAUUUGCACAAAUAUUCCCAAAUAAAAACCGAAAAUAAUUUUUUGAUCAUUUUUCCCUCUGACUUUUAUCGAGUAACAUAAAAUGUCAUUUUAGGCAGAAGAAAUAUUCUGCACAAAAUUUCACUGUAAAUCUCAGAACAAACCAUAUAUAUAGGUACAAUCAGAUACAGUAGUUUUUAUAAAAAUUACAUUAAAAAUGUAUGUACUAAAAGUUAAAA